AAUUUUUAUUAAUAAAAAUAAACGAGAAUUGUUAAAGAAAAAUCUAAGAAAAUGGUUGAUAAAGAUCCCCAAUUAAGAGCGCUAGAAAUAGGAGAAGUUGACAUGUUUGUGGAAAGCAUGGAACCAGCGCGUAUAGAAAGUAUUGGAAAUCAAGCCUGGAUAGACUGGCACAUAAGGCUUCAGAAAAUCAACCAACAAACUGUACUAGAGGCGCAGUCAAUGCAAGAGGAGUUUACUAAGGAGUUGCUUAUAUCUUGUGGGAAGUUACCUGUACUAGUCCGCGAAGCCAUAUGCAUCCAAGUAUGGCGUCUGAAGGUAUACCCUCAAAUUUUGAAACUGGAGCUGUCUCCACAACAUACUUUUGGCAUUUACGUAGUGCUGUAUCAUGAGGCUGUAGCAGUGGGUCUUCUGGAAACUGUGCUGUUCCAUGAAGACGGAGCUCAGUGCGUAAGCGAGGUGAUGGUAGACUUGCUGCACUAUGCAAUCGAGCAGUUGACUACUCUCCUGGCUCUGAUAAAUGACAACUACUUGAAGCCACGGUCAGCCAAUGAUAUAGAAAAAGAGACACCGGACCAGGAGCUGGAAAGGCAGAAACGUGAUCUGCAGUUUGAUAUUAGCAUGAGAUGCAUAACUAUUGUACGCUACAUAGCAGAGCAUAUGGAAUCUGUGGGGGUGGGUGCGUCGAUGGCGACCGACCUAUACAAGACCCACGAUGUGCCGUCGCUGCUGGCUCACCUGAUAUCGCUGCGCCCGUGGACGCGCUCCAACGACAGCGGCGAGCAGCAGAUUUUCAUCCACGGCCGCUGGUCGAAGCCUUCUGCCGAGGACCUGUCGCAGAUGCACCGCAGCGAGGCGCAGCUGUGGCUGUGUCUGCGACAGUUGUUGUUAGAGCCUCGUCUCCCGCACCACUACACCAUCGAUGACACACGCCGCAGUACCUUCUGUAGG